GAAAAGAAGUGUCAGUAAAACUUGAGUUCGUCCUGCCUCAAACCAGGGCAGUAUUGUUGUUCCUCUUCAUCGCCAUUUGGUCACAGCCAGCUUUCACGGCUGCUGAUGAGCUGUUUUUGGGGAGGAAGCUUGACCAGAGGCCUCAGGUGUGGUACCCUGCUCCUGGUGCUGUGCCUACAGGACAGAAGUCUGGGACCCGUCAGGGAGGUACUGGGGGAGUAGCAGAGAGCCUUUGUCACCCUGUUAUUGGCUAAAACCAUGAUGGGGAGAAAGACUUCAACGUGAAGAAGCAGAUGAACUUCUCAAACAAAAAUUACUAUAUGUUCUGGUGUAAUGAAAAUAUAACCUGCAUUCCCUAAGAGAACAGAAAAAAGAAGCAACCAAGGCUGUUAGGAUUUCUGGACAACUUCUGCAAUGCUGCUCCGCUCAGGCCGCGUAAAGCCAUAUGAAGUGUCUUGCUGUGGAAGACAGUUUCGUAAGAGAAGUCUACGGAUAACUGCAAAUUCAGCUUCCGAAAAGCCAGAUCCACUUUUCAAAGUGCGAGCUUCAAAAGCAGGCUUUAGUCUGAGAAAAACACAGAAAUGCUAUAUACUGACUGAAGACUCAAAAACAGUGCAUUUCGACAUAGAUGAACAUGGUCAUCAUGAAAUAUCAACCAAGGAUUCACAAUCCCGUGAAGAUAUUGCAUGGUUAGGUUUGUUCACAAGGAAUGAACCACCUGUUACUGAAUCUAAAAAUUUCGUGAUACUCACACAGAGAUCAAAACUUAAUGAAUUUGUUCUGUUGUGCAAGGGUAAGGAGGAGCUCGCUCUGAAGGUCUUAAAAGCAUCCGGUUCAGAGCCAGACUGUUCUUCAGUGGGAAAAUGCAACAUGGAAACACGCAACCAUGACGAUCCUGACUUCAAACAGCUGAGUGGAGAUAAUAACUUUUUCAUCAUGCAUUACCAAGGAGAUUCAGUGCAGUUCCAAUGCUAUGAAGACAGAAGAUACUACCUGUGUGUGAAUGACGACUCACUUGAUAUUCGCAAGCUGGAAAACAAACAACCCAACCAAGACAAAAAUUUUUACUUCAAGGUGUCAUAUUUAGAGGAAAAGUAGCUUGUCAACAUUUCAGUGGCCUAAGUGUCCACACAACUCCUAUAAUAAGCUAACAUAAGAGAAGGAAGGUUGAGAUCAAUUAAUUUCCUUUUUUUUGUAAUUUCUUGAGUCACCAUUUUGCAUGAGUAACAUCCUUUAUUUCUGUACUUUCUAUAGGAAAAGAGAAAGGCUAAGCUUGAAAAACAUAUUGAGUGAUUAGUCUCUUUGUGUCUGACCCACACAAUUAUGGAUUUAAGGAGCUGAAUUUCCUGGAAGGGAAAAAAUAUAUUUGGAAAUUAUAUUUUGGGGAUAUUUUGAAGACAGGAGAAAAAAUAAGGAAGCCUACAUGGAUAUGAAAUGCAAAGCACAGUUCACCAUUUGGUAAACAUUUUACUUUUAUGAGCUCACCUGACCUUGAGGAGAAAACAAUAAAUUUUGAAAUGCGUAUGUGCAUGUCCUAACUGACUGACUUUGGAAAAGGAGUGGAAGAGGUUCUUCUCACUGCCCCUGCAAGGCAAAAGCCAUCCAAAAUAUGAGAGGAAACUAACAAAGAGUGUACACAGGAUCACUGGGUGUUAAAGAACUGUUACUCCACUGCUGUGCAUGGAAUCUCACUGUGAUUUAGUGAUAAUUUUUUUGCAUCCCAGUUGUUUGGGAAUGUAUGUGUAUAAAUUACAGAUAUUAUGCACCUAUGCCAAGAUGUUGAUGCUUAGUUGCAAUAGAACAGCCUACAUGUUCUACAGCACUUGCAGGAAUUGCUCUGUGUAAAUAUAAUAAACCAUGCAUGUCUGAAAUAGGAAUUCUAAAGUCAGUCAAUCACAACAAUGCACAUUACAAUAAGGAAAUUAUCUGUAGCAGACCAAACUCCAAAGGUCUAUGAGACCUUAAAAGUUUAUUUUUUUUCCUCCUUCCUAGCAGUGUGGAGUUUCACUGCUGGGCUUCUUCAAAUAGUGAAAAUCAUUUUGACAUUUCCAAUGCUGACCGAACAGAAGAGUGCUUUUGAGUAUUCCCUAAAUAGUACUUACAGCUUCUGGACCUGUUAAAAGUUCAGUGAAGUCAGUGGGAAGAAGAAAACCCCACAUUACAGACAUUGCCUUCAGCAUACAUCACACUAAAAUAAAAUUAUUUUAGCACUAUCUAUUAUGUUGCACAAUAAAUAAAUACAAUUAUAUAUAUAUGGUAAAAUAAUUUCACUAAUUGAUACACUAAUACUUCAUAGUGAUGUAUUUAUUAUUGGUAAGGGGAUUACCGUACUAAAUUACAGAACAUGCUUUCUAGAUGGUAAGUGGAUUAAAUGACAGCUCAUCAAAAAGCUUAUACAAAGCAUACUAAUGAAAUCAGCAUUGCUGAUGUAAGCAAAAAAGUAUCACUGACCUCAGUGAAUUUUGAAUCUAUUUUAUAGUGUAAACUUAAAUUAUGGUUAUAUGCAGAAUUUUGUACUUGUACCAUCUGCCAUAAAAAUAAGUGUUUAAAAUAACAAACAAACAAACUCCAAACCAACCAACCAACCAAAACAACAACAAAGACAAACCAAACACACACACACACACAAAACCCCACACCACAACAAUUUAAGGUACAAAAGCCCUUAUGGAAAGCAGUAGUGGUGAUUUUGUAAAGAUUCAGACUUGAGAUACAAGAUAGAAAUGCAAUUUGACAAUUAUUCUCAGAAAACACAAUAAAUACAGCCAUCUUUGUAACUAUAGUUGUAGACAGAAAAACAAGUUAACAUUUUCUGGAUUCUAAUUUAUCCUAGAUUCUUAUUUUGCUCAUACAAACUACUAAAACUGGCAGAUAGUUUUUUGUUUUGUGAGGUGGACAGCAUGCAGAAAUGUUAUUUAAAAUCAGAAAAUGAAAGCCACAAGGCUUUUAGAAAAAUAUAGCCUCUAACACUUUACAAUACAAAAUAUAUUUAUCCAAUAUGUCAAACAGUUGACUAUGAAAAUAAUUAUUAUUUUGCAGCUUAUCUUCAAAAUAGUACUAAUAUUCUUUAACUUGUGCUUAGCAGAUGUGAUACUUAUUAAAAUGGUAUAACCAAUACUUUACACUUUUUUUUCCUCCUCUUCAAAGGCUGUGCCUUAAAUAAAAUACUGUGUUCUAUUUGCUGCAGUACAAUUUAAAGCAAGUAUUCUUCCUGUAUGACUUCUAGUACUCUGACCAUAUUUGUGACUUGUUAGAAUAAACUUGUGAGAAGAACAUCAAUAAAUACAAAGAA